GAAAUAGUGAUAAUUAAGAAUAUGCCAUGAAAAAAGUUCGAAUGGGCAAUCUAAAAUUAAGAGAGAGGGAAAAUGCAUUGAACGAAAUAAGAAUCCUCGCCUCAAUCUAAGAUCAGAACAUUAUAGGAUACAAAGAAGCCUUUUUUGAUGAACAAUCAAAUUGCUUGUGUGUCAUUAUGGAAUACGCAUCUGGAGGAGACAUUGCUAAAUAAAUCCAAAACUCAAUUCGCAAACACACCCUAAUUGAAGAAAAAGAAAUAUGGAAGGCCCUAAUCCAUAUGACAAGAGGGUUGAAAGUGCUUCACAAAGCAGGAAUCCUGCACAGAGAUUUAAAAAGUGCCAAUGUUUUUAAAUCAUCCAAUGGCACCUAUAAAUUGGGAGACAUGAAUGUGAGUAAAGUAUCACAUGGAGCCAUGGCAAAGACAUAAACAGGAACUCCAUGUAAUCUUAUUGAAUAUAUACAAGACUAUGCUAGUCCAGAAGUCUGGAGAGACUAACCUUAUUCCCAUCCAUCAGAUAUAUGGUCUCUUGGAUGUGUGAUAUAUGAGAUGGCAACUCUUAAACCACCCUUUAGAGCAACAGAUCUCAAAGGUUUGUUUAGAAAAAUAUCAGCUGGCAUUUAUGAAAAAAUACCUAAACAAUAUUCUUCAGAAUUAAACUUCAUGAUUGCUUCUCUUUUAAAAGUGCCUCCAUAAUUAAGGCCCACGUGUGAUCAAAUCUUAAAUGAUCAAACUGUUAAGAAAUAUAUUGAUGAGUUCGAACCAUAAUCCCCAUAACAAUAAUAACUAGCCAAAGCUUAAUUGCUAUAAACAAUUUUGUUGCCCAAAAAUUUAAAAUAGUUAUAACAAAAAUUACCUAAACCUAUGUAUGAAAUUGAUUAACCUAUCCAAUAAUUACCUAAUUAACCUAAAUCUACAAGGUCAGUUUCUGUAAAUGAAUAAAAAUAUACUGAAAGACCAAAGAGUUAAACACCUUAAUGUUAAAAAAAAUAACCUAAUGUUGUUUCUAAUUAACACAUACCAAGGCCUGUAAUAAUUUAUCUCUUUUCUCUAGAAAAUCCCAUUAGCACCUGUUAAGCAAUAGUAAGCUGCCAAUAUUUUGAAAGAUCCUCAAUCUCAUAGACCAAAAGAAAGACCAGUUUCAGCUAUGAGAGCUUAGAGUCCUUGCUCAGUUAGAAAAAGCGUCGAUUAAAAAUAGAAUCGAAAUCCAAGUCCUUUAGUUAGAAAGUCAAACCCUUAUAUUAAAAAUAAUGAUGAGAACAUUAAUGCCAACAUUAUAAAGAAAAGAAACAACAUUCCGUUAAAAAGAUGA